AUGAUUUGCUGUAAGGAACAAAGGGGCCACAGACUCAAAUGGUUUAUAUUCCUAAAAACACUGGCUUUGUCCAACAUAUCUAUUGAUAAAUGUUCCUGUUCCGACCUCAAAAUCGGCUGCACCCUACCCAGCGAGAGCGUCAAUGGCAACCUGAGCCGCCCUGGAGAUAUUGUUAUAGGGGGAAUAUUCCGGAUUUAUAUGAAAGCAACCUACAGCGAUUUCCGUUUCACCCGGAAACCCCUGGAACUAAAAUGUGAGGAGGUUUCCAUUCAGCAUUACCAAAGCAUGCAGGCCCUAAUAUUCGCUAUAGAGGAAAUCAAUGCCUCUCCUGAAGUUCUUCCCAACAUUACAUUGGGCUUUCAGAUAUUUGACACUUGCAUUACCAUAAGGCGGGCAGCACAAGGGACUCUUUCAUUGCUAUCGGGAGGAGAAGGAAUUACCCCAAAUUAUCACUGUCACAAAGGGGCACCUCUUGCUGGUGUCGUUGGUGACUCUGGGUCAACUCGAUCCAUUCUCAUGGCCCACAUCUUGGGACUAUACAAGUAUCCGCAGAUUAGUUAUUUUUCUACCAGCCCUAUUCUCAGCAAAAGGGAUCUAUUUCCAUCAUUUUUCCGUACCAUACCCAGCGAUGAGUUUCAGAUGAGAGGACUAGCCCAGAUGGUUGCUCAUUUUGGUUGGACUUGGGUUGGCAUCUUGGCCAAUGAUGAUGAGUAUGGCCAGUUUGGACUUCAAGUUGCAAAGCAGGAAUUAAUGAGUGGUGGUGCCUGCGUGGCUUUUACUGAGAAUAUAUUGACUGGGAAACCCAACAGAAAUGCUCCACACAUUGCAAAAGUCAUAAAUGACUCAACAGCAAAGGUCGUAGUCGUUAUCACCUCGAAUUCUGAUUUUUACAUUGUCGCAGAAGAGCUGUUGAAGCAAAACGUGACGGGCAAAAUCUGGGUUGCCAGUGAAGCCUGGUCAACUUCAGCAUAUCUCUCUAUAGAUAGGUUCCGGGCUUUGUUAGUGGGUACCAUUGGUUUUGCCAUCCAUAGUGGGCAGUUGCCCAAGUUUAAUAAAUACCUCAACAGUCUCCACCCAUCCAAAUACCCCCAUGAUUCCUACAUGGCUGAAUUCUGGGAGAAAGUUUUCUCUUGUAAGAUAAUUCAGCAGGAGAAUGUGGAUAAUACUACAAUUAAAUUCUGCACCGGGAAUGAAAAGUUGGAGAACUUCUUCAUCCAAGAUGAUCACAGGUCCUCCCUCAACCUCCUUCACUAUGUUAAAAAUGUGAAUUUUUUGGCCAAAGAUGGAAGCCACGUAUUCUUUGAUGCGAAAGGGAACCCUCCGGCCAUUUAUGACAUUGUCAAUUGGCGAGUAAAUCCCAGAGGAACACUGGAGCAGGUUACAGUCGGGAGUUAUAACCUGAAUGCGCCUGAUGGGAACAUUCUGAAUAUUGUUAGUGCUGAAAUUAUUUGGUUCAAUAAUGAUACUCAGGUUCCUGUGUCCAAGUGCAGCCCUAGUUGUGGGUCGGGAUUUAGGAAGGUGAUUGUACCAGGAAAGCCCCCGUGUUGCUAUGAGUGUGCCCGGUGUCCCCAGGGGCAGAUAUCCAAUCAAACAGAUGCUGUGGAAUGUCACCCAUGUUCCUGGGACACGUGGCCCAACCUACAGCAGGACAGAUGCCUACCAAGGCCUACAGAGUUCCUUUCCUAUGAGCAACCAUUGGGUUACAGUUUAGCUACUAUAUCUAUGUUCUCAUCUUUGACUCCAAUUGCCAUCUUGGGCAUUUUUAUACAUUAUAAAACAACACCAAUAGUCCGAGCCAACAACUACUCCCUUAGCUGCCUUCUCCUGCUUUCCCUGUUCCUCUGUUUCCUUUGCUCUUUAGGGUUCAUUGGUUACCCACAGCCUGAAAAGUGCCUUCUGCGCCAGGUGGCAUUUGGGAUGGUUUUUGCCCUCUGCAUCUCCUGUGUUCUGGCCAAAACCAUCACUGUUGUCAUUGCCUUUAAUGCAACCAAACCCGGCAGCAGGUUAAGGAAGUGGACAGGGGUGAAGGUCUCCUACUGUGUCAUUAUGCUUUGUGCCUUGAUUCAGACAAUUGACUGUGCACUUUGGCUGAUCUUCUCUCCUCCCUUCCAUGAACUUGACACUGACACACAACCUGGUGUGAUCAUAGCUAAUUGCAAUGAAGGGUCACCCACAGCUUUCUGGUGCAUGCUGGGAUACCUUGGCCUCUUGGCCUCCAUCAGUUUCAUUGUUGCCUUCCUGGCCAGACGCCUCCCUGACAGUUUCAAUGAAGCCAAAUUGAUCACAUUCAGUAUGUUGGCCUUCCUCAGUGUGUGGGUGUCCUUUAUCCCAGCCUAUCUCAGUGCCCGGGGCAUGUAUACUGUGGCAAUGGAGGUCUUUGCCAUCCUGUCUUCCAGUUGGGCUGUGGUGGGCUGUAUCUUUGUGCCAAAAUGUUACAUUAUAUUGUUCAGGCCCAACAUGAACUCCAGAAUACACCUUUCCUUUAAAGGCAAAGAGGCUUAG